CGAUCCCUCCAGUUUCCUGCUUUCGUGUUCCUCCCUCCAGCCAUCUCUCGAAUCCCCCCGACCCCACCCCUCAACCCUGUAUAUAUACACCAACACCUCGUUAGUCCUCCUGCAUCCGAGACCAAUAAGAAAGAAGACCAAUCUGACAACCAACACCUUUUCAAGAAAAUCUAAAAACUCCGCCUUUUCCAAGAAAUUCUCUUUCUUGAUCUCUUAUCGACCUGAGCUAAUUCUUCGUUUCUUGACUUGUUUAAGUUAAUUCUUUGUUGCUGAAAUGGCAGCAAAAGGUGAAGGCAAGGCUAUUGGCAUCGAUCUUGGCACAACCUACAGUUGUGUCGGGGUGUGGCAGAAUGAUCGAGUUGAGAUCAUCCCGAAUGAUCAAGGCAACAGAACAACCCCUUCUUAUGUUGCAUUCACCGAUACUGAAAGGUUAAUCGGUGAUGCAGCUAAGAAUCAGGUUGCUAUGAAUCCUCAGAACACUGUUUUCGAUGCCAAACGACUUAUCGGACGUCGCUACUCUGACCCUUCUGUCCAGGCUGAUAUGAGGCAUUGGCCGUUUAAGGUGAUUGCUGGCCCAGGUGAUAAGCCCAUGAUCGUUGUUCAGUACAAGGGCGAGGAGAAACACUUUGCUCCCGAGGAGAUUUCUUCGAUGGUCUUGACGAAGAUGAAGGAGGUUGCUGAGUCUUUCUUGGGGCAAACUGUGAAGAAUGCUGUGAUCACUGUGCCUGCCUAUUUCAAUGAUUCUCAGAGGCAGGCGACAAAGGAUGCUGGCGCGAUUGCUGCGAUUAAUGUGAUGAGGAUCAUUAAUGAACCAACGGCUGCUGCUAUUGCUUAUGGCUUGGACAAGAAGGGCUCAAGAACCGGCGAAAAGAAUGUCCUGAUAUUCGAUCUUGGUGGUGGAACUUUUGAUGUCUCACUGCUGACUAUUGAGGAAGGGAUAUUUGAAGUCAAGGCCACAGCGGGAGAUACACAUCUGGGUGGUGAAGAUUUUGAUAAUAGGCUUGUCAAUCAUUUUGUUCAAGAAUUUAAGAGGAAGAACAAGAAAGAUAUCAGUGGUAAUGCUAGGGCUUUGAGGCGGUUGAGGACUGCAUGUGAAAGGGCAAAGAGGACGCUUUCAUCCACUGCACAGACCACGAUUGAGAUUGAUUCUUUGUACGAGGGGAUCGAUUUCUAUGCUACAAUUACAAGGGCAAGAUUUGAGGAGUUGAACAUGGACUUGUUCAGGAAGUGCAUGGAGCCCGUGGAGAAAUGCUUGAGGGAUGCUAAAGUUGACAAGAGCCAUGUUCAUGAUGUGGUUCUUGUUGGUGGAUCGACAAGGAUACCAAAAGUCCAGCAACUAUUGCAAGAUUUCUUCAAUGGUAAAGAGCUUUGCAAGAGUAUUAAUCCUGAUGAGGCUGUGGCUUAUGGAGCUGCUGUUCAAGCAGCAAUUUUGGGUGGAGAAACAGAUCAAAAAGUUCAAGAUUUGUUGCUUCUUGAUGUCACCCCUCUCAGUCUUGGACUUGAGACUGCUGGUGGAGUGAUGACGGUAUUGAUUCCGAGAAACACCACCAUACCGACCAAGAAAGAGCAGAUUUUCUCCACUUAUUCUGAUAACCAGCCUGGAGUGCUAAUCCAAGUGUAUGAAGGAGAGAGGCCAAUGACCAAGGACAACAAUCUUCUCGGUAAAUUUGAGCUAAGUGGCAUUCCACCAGCUCCAAGAGGUGUACCGCAGAUUAAUGUCUGCUUUGACAUUGAUGCAAAUGGUAUCCUGAACGUGUCUGCCGAAGACAAGACCGCUGGUGUGAAGAACAAGAUUACUAUUACCAAUGACAAGGGAAGAUUGAGCAAGGAUGAAAUUGAGAGAAUGGUCCAGGAAGCCGAAAGGUAUAAGGCUGAAGAUGAGGCAGUCAAGAAGAAGGUAGAAGCCAAGAACUCCUUGGAGAACUAUGCUUACAACAUGAAAAACACUGUGAGAGAUGAGAAGUUUGCUGGGAAAUUGGAUCCAUCUGACAAGCAGAAAAUUGAGAAGGCAAUUGAUGAGGCAAUCGAGUGGUUGGACGGGAACCAAUUGGCUGAAGUGGAUGAGUUUGAAGACAAACAGAAAGAGCUGGAAGCGCUCUGCAAUCCAAUUAUUGCUAAAAUGUACCAGGGUGCUGGUGGAGAUGUGCCGAUGGGCGGAGGUGCUGAUAUGCCUGGAGCUGGUCGUGGCACAGCUGAUAGUGGUAGCAAUGGUCCUGGGCCUAAGAUUGAGGAAGUUGAUUGAAGAGUUAAAAGUUCUUGCUGAAAUGGCCUGUUUAUGAUUUUCUGUUUCACCCGCGCAUAUCUUUUUAUUUUUCUGUUUUUAUUGUAUGAUAGUAGUAUCAAAAAUUGGGAGUGACAGAAACAGUUGGGAGCGGCAGAUUAAAAGCUGUAAUAGAUGUAGAUCUUUAGGUCCUUCAUAAUAAAAGUUUCCUCUUUUUGUAA